AUGUCUUUAAGAGAAUCAAGGAAAUGGAUGUAUAACAAGAAUUUGCCCGGUUAUGGUGCCCUAAAUGAUGAAUUUAUUGCGGGUGUAACUGAAUUCAUUAAAUAUGUAAGUUCACAACCUGAGCAAAUGGAUGGGUCGUUAAUAAGGUGCCCAUGUAAGAAGUGUGAUAAUUUGAAAUUUUUUAUCCCGGAUGAAGUGAUGCUUCACCUUUGUCGCAAAGGAUUCAUAGCCAAUUAUUUCAACUGGACAUGUCAUGGAGAAAAAAUGUGGCAUGAAGAAGAACAAUUUGUGGUUAAUCAAUUGCCACAACAAACUAAUUGGUGGGAUCAAGGAUUUAGAAAUUUUGAAGACACAGGUUGUAGUUUUGCUGCACAUUCGAACUUUGAUGAUGAUGCUAGUAAUUAUUGUCAUGAAAAUCCAUCUGUACUGCAUGAUGAAGCUGGCCCAAGUAUACAAGAACCACGUGAAGAUGCAAAACCAUAUGUUGAUGAGGUAGUUCGUAGUCCUCAAUGUGAUGAUACAACAGAUUUGUGUGACAGUUUCAUUGGUUUGCUAAAAGAUGUUGAUAAACCUCUAUAUGAUGGAUGUGAAACUUAUACGCAGUUAUCUCUGGUUGCUAAAAUGCUAAGCAUGAAGUUUGAAUACAACCAAUCUGUGAAUCACUUUAAUGAGAAUGCUAGAGUGUUUAAGAACUCACUGCCUCGUGAAAACACAUUGCCUGAGGAUUUUUAUGGUUAUAAAAGGUUACUACGUGACUUGGGUCUGCCUGUGGUAAAAAUUGAUGCUUGUAGAGAUGGAUGUAUGUUGUUUUGGAAAAGUGAUGAACAUGAGAAAUUUUGUAAGUUUUGUAAGUUGCCAAGAUAUAAGCAAAGGGAAGAGACACUUAAUAAUCCUAUGCAUAAAAGGGUUGCAUAUGCUAUAUUGAGGUACUUGCCAUUAACUCCAAGGUUGCAGAGGUUAUAUGCUUCAAAGGUAACGGCACCACAUAUGACAUGGCAUGCUACUCAUGAAACAAAUCAAGGGGUCAUGUGUCAUCCUUCUGAUGCAGAGGCAUGGAAACAUUUUGAUAGAACUCAUCCCAGUUUUGCUUCAGAACCUCGUAACAUUCGGUUAGGCCUUUGUGCUGAUGGGUUUUCCCCUCACAGUCAAUAUGGGCAAGCUUAUUCAUGUUGGCCAGUUAUUACUACACCUUACAAUCUUCCUCCAGGGAUGUGCAUGAAGAACCCUUAUAUGUUUUUAUCUUUAAUCUGUCCGGGGCCUAAAAAUCCAAAGAAGAAUAUAGAUGUCUUUUUACAGCCCUUGAUUGAGGAGUUGAAGCAUUUGUGGGAGGUUGGUGUUGAAACUUAUGAUAUCAACUUAGGUAAAAAGUUUAACAUGAGAGCUGCACUUUUGUGGACCAUUAAUGAUUUUCCUACUUAUGGAAUGCUUUCUCGAUGGAGUACCUCUGGUUUGCUUGGGUGCCCGAUAUGCAUGGAGAAGUCUAAAGCUUUCUAUCUACAUCAUGGUAAAAAAAUCAGCUACUUCGAUUGUCACAGGCAAUUUUUACCAAUGAAUCAUUCAUAUAGAAGGGAUAAGUCAACUUUCAUUCGAGGUAGAGCAGAGAUGAGUCGUCUACCUCCAAGAUUGACAGGAGAUGAGAUUUGGAACCGUGUGUCACAAUAUAAAACUGUCAUUGAGGAUCCUCGAGGUAAGACCCCUCACUAUGGCAACAAUCACAAAUGGAAUAAAAAAAGUAUUUUUUGGGAAUUACCAUAUUGGAGGACUAACAUGAUUCGACACAAUCUUGAUGUUAUGCACAUUGAAAAAAAUGUGUUUGAUAAUAUCAUGGACACAAUAUUUGAUAUACCUGGAAAAACUAAGGAUAAUUUGAAUGUACGGAAAGAUCUUCAUAUUCUCUGUGAUCGCCCUGAACUUCAUGUUCCUAUUGACAAUACAGUGCCUCAUAAGCCAAAGGCAAAGUAUACAUUGACAAAAAAUGAAAAAGUUAAGAUUUGCAGUUGGGUGAGGGCUUUAAGGUUUCCCGAUGGCUAUGCAUCAAAUCUUGGUAGAUGUGUUGACAUUAAUGAAUGUCGGUUGAAAAAAUAUGAAGAGUCAUGA